UGGGUACUUCUUGGGCCGGGCCAUUGAAAAUGUAAGUUCAACCCAAACCCGCCCAAUUCAUAACUCCUCACUUUCCCCGAAAAUUUGAAAAAACAAGCCGCGCUAAUACGCCAACCAUCUCCCACCGUCCAUUCCAAAAACACCCAUCUCUCUCUCUCUCUCUCUAGCUCUCUCUGCAACUCGGUGAAUCUGAAUCCAUGGUCGAAGUGUGACAUCGUCGACGAUGGAGAAGCUGUUGGUAAAGAUCUUCGACAGGAAGAAAUGGAUCGUCAACCAAGCAAAGCAGCAGACCUUCCUCUUCGAGCAACACCUCGCCUCCAAAUGCCUAAUUGACGGGAUUGCCCCUCCUCCCUGGCUUUGCUCCUCCACCGAACCCAGCAAUGUGUUGAACAAACAAAAGUUGAAUUCUGGAGUUCCACUCCCUCGAGCGCUGCCUGUGAUCCCUAUUAGUAGCCAUUGUUCUGUAUUUGACAAGCCAGCUCCCACGACUCUCACUGGGGAGCUACCAAAUGGUUUGUGCACUGAACUUCAUGUUUUGGACAAAGGUUUUGGCGCUGGGGAUAAGGGGUUGGUUUUGCCACAGUGUUCUGUAAGUAAUGCUGGGUGUGUAUCCAACAGCGUUCCUCAAGGGGAGAGAGAAGAGGAUCCUAGUGUUACAUCUCCAAGAGAUGUGAGGGAUGCAAGAAUCAGAGACAUUUACCAUGAUCUAGCUCUAUCACCGGCUAGAGGUGCAGAAGAUGGGGUAUUAAUUUUGCCACAGAGCCCUGUUAGUAAUGCUGGAUGUCCCUACAACGGUGUUCCUCAAGAUCAGAGAAAAGAGGAUCUGGGUAAUACAUCUCCUGAAGAUCAAAGGGAUACAAGAACCUCUGACAUUUACCAUGACCCAGCUCUAUCACUGGCUAGAGUUCAGAGAUCCAAAUCCAGACAAAAAGCUCUGGAAAUUCGCAAAAGUGCCAAAAAAAGCUUUUCACAAGAUAAGAACAAUGGUAUCGGGCAUGCUAGUGGAACAAUUGGGCGUGCAAUAUCUUCCCUACGGUCUGACCAUGUUGAUGAACUGAACUUAGUCAAACCUCCUGAUACAAGUGAUUAUGCUUGUGAAGUAGAAGAAGCAAAAAUAAGGGAGUUUCAAAGCAAGGAAAGAGGUACUACCAUCUCCUCUGGUAGAAUUACACGAUCUAGAAGCUCUGGUCAUCAGGAGAGCUCUUUGAAUGUCAGUGGCUCGGUUUGUAUUGACAGGAAACUUGGCGGUGCACUUGCAGAUUCUAGAGGCAUAUCACCUCAGCAGUCCAAAAAUGUAAAUAAACCCUUGGAAUUGGUUAAUUACUCUUAUAUCACUAAUGAUAGUGGCCAAGAGAAUGAAGCAAAAGUAGGUGAACAUUUUAUCAUGGAAAAGGGACGCAGCGAAUACUCUGGGAGAACAACAAGAUCUAGAAGUGCUAGCCAAGAACCUAAUUGUCUUGAUGAAUUGUCCAAGUUGGAGCAAUCAUCUAACAGCAUAAGUGAAGUUGGUGUCAGAAAUUCAUUGCUACAACCGAAACAUUUUGAUGAAAUGGUGGAAGUGGUGAAAUCUUGUGAUAUUGUUGAUGGAAAUUGUGAAGCGAAAACAAAAGUAGGGGAGAGCUGGAGCAAGGUAACCAGUGAUUACAGUGGCAGAAUAACAAGAUCCAGAAGUUCAUCCCAGAACCCAAAUGACGUUAACAAUUAUCCGAAGGUAGAUACUUCCUGUAUUUCUGUUAAGGGUGAUGGCAGUACAAUCCAUCUUUCCACUGGUAAGUCAACACAACCACCUCAGCCUUUAAGUACUGGGUCACAAGCUGUGCAUAUUACUGAAAAAAUAGCGAAAGACGCUAUCACCAAUAUAUCUGGUCAAAGAAUUAAUCAGUCAACAUCGUCUUCAUCUAAUAAGUCUCACAAUUCACAGAGAACUUUAAUAUCUGCUGGAAGGUCUGUUCCAAUUCAAUGUGAUAUAGACCUGUGUGCAGAGAAUUCAACAGAUUCUUCAGACAAGGAAAAUGAUGCAGAUCACUAUGCUGGUACAAAGACAAGUGCAGAAACUAAUUGUACUACUGAAGGAAUGUCAGAACCGGUCAAUUCACAGGCUUUGGUUCACAGGAGUACACAGUCCAGAUUCGCUGCUUCAAGCACGCAUUUGUCAGAAAAAAUGACUCACAGGGGUACACAGUACAAAGAGGUACCUUGUACUCAAACCUGUGAAUUUGUUAAAGCUGUAACUGGUGGAGAAACUGAAAUUGAUCCUGGUGUAUCUGUUGAAGGUUCUGGAUCAAAAUUGGAUGGUACUGGGGUUAGAGUUGGAGUGGAAGUUUUAGCCUCAAGGCAGCCUGCUGAUUGUAAUGUGUUUGUGAAUCCCAAGCAACUUAAUUUUGAUGAUGUGGAAGAAUCCUGUAGGAAUGGAAGUUAUACUCUUGCUUUUAAAGAGGGAAUGCAGGGAAGAUCACCAGAGAAAAGGUAUAUUUCCUUGAUGGACGCUGAUGAUAUACAGGAAGAAGGAAUGACUGUCAAUUAUCUAGAAAAUCAUAACUUGUCCCUGCCAAUGAAUUUUCUUGGGGAUCCGGAAGUUUCAAUCAAAGGGAAGGACCUCCAGAGUGGUUUAUCUGAAUCUCCUGUAGAGGAGGAUAGAAGUUUCUUGAAUGGAAAUGCUGUUUCAUCAGUAAUGGAGACAUCUGAUGUUCAUAAUGAUGCAGUUGCUAAUACGUUGCUAGAAAGUGGCAAUAGAGACUCUCGGUGUGGAGCCAUGGGAAGUGUAGAACAUAGUCCAAAGGCCAUACUAGAAUCUCAAGGCCUUUCACUUUCUCGGGUGGAUGUUGCAAAAUCAAUUGUCAGUAGAAGUCCUGUUGAAGAAAUGACUCAAAAUGAGGACUGCCACAUGAUAGAGAGCUCUGAAUCUUCACCUAAGGCACAGAUUAAAGAGGGUGAAUAUAGUGAUGAACUGAACGUAGUCAAACCUACUGAUACAAGUCCUUGUGAAGUGGAAGAGGGAAAAAUAGGCGAAUUUCAAAGCAAGGAAAGAAGCAUUGCUCUCUCCUCUGGUAGAAUUACAAAAUCUAGAAUAUCUGACCAACAGGAGAGCUCUUUGAAUGUUAGUGGCUCAGCCAGUAAUGCCAGAAGAAUUGGUUCUGUUGGCAUAUCACCUCGGCUGUCUAACCCUGCAAAUCAAUCCUUGGAAUUGGUUACUCUCAUAUCACUACUGACUGUUUUCAAAAGAAGGAAGCAAAGGCAAGAGUUCACUUCAUUACGGAGGGUUCAUGCCCUCAGCAUAAACGAAGAAAGAUUGAGCAUAAAACAGUUGAUGACCAGUCUACUUCCUUGGGCUUGAGAGAACGGGGUUUUUACACUGUC